AGAUGUCAUAAAACUCAGCACACUCGUCCAUGCGAUAGUUUGAACGAUAUAAUGGCUUGGGCAGAGUACGAUGAAAAAACACAGGAACAAAGCUUACAAUUUGAGUCUCUCGGGGAACAAGGAAACGAUGCUCGAAAAUGGAGGGAGCAUACCCAAACUGUCUUAUUUUAUUUUCUAAAGCAACUUUCAAAACUUCUAGAAAAAAGGUCGGAAAACGGCAUACUUUUUCGUCCAUAUGGAAGCGCUGCUGAAGAUUUAAAGUGCAUUGAGCCAGAUGAUGUGGGAGAUGUGGAUAUUGUGAUAUAUCCUGAUUCAGACAAUUUGAUGAUCCACGAGGGAUUUAUUGAAUAUUUACCGGAGAAUCCAAUGCACGUCAGAAUCAAAGGAGCUGAUCACCCUGUUCUAAAGUCCUGCCUUGUAGAAGACAAAGAGUACGUAGCCACCUCGGCUUUAAAGAAGUUUCACCCGGCAAUUUAUGGACGUUCAGCGCCUUACAUAGUAGAUAUUACCACCCGUGCUCAUCAACAGAUAAUGUUGACUCCAGAACGGUCAUCCCUUCUACAAAGUACCUCCUAUUUAAAAGACAAGGAAGCCAGUCCUGCUAUUACUGUCAAUUUUACCCGGUCGUUAAAUAAACAACCGAGUGAUGCCUCGCCUCAUGUUGACACAGAAGAAUGGGAAUGGCUGGUACAUGUCUUUUGUAAUCUUACCGGAACUGUUUAUACCAAAGAACAUGCCAAGAUUAUUGACGAUAUUACUCAGUUUAUGAAUGAAGUAGGUAUGUAUCUUGAUAACAAACGUCUGAACACUGUUUCAGAAAUGCUGCCGGUUUUUAUUGAGUUUUAUCAGAGCGACAGAGCCAAAACCCUUCAAGCUCGAUUUCAAAGCAUUUCUAAGAACCAACCACAUGAUUAUGAGACCCGGAGGAAGAAGAACAUGGAAUUUCGAAAAAUUGGCGAAAAGCAACAUGUCUUGUCGGGCGAGCAACAAAGAAAAGAAAAUAACGCAAACUUAUUUCAGAGGACAUGCUCAUCCUGUGAAUUGCCGUGUGUCAAGACAGAACAUUGCAAGGGAUCACAAACAAAUGCUACAGAGUUUCACUCCGACAUGAGGAAUCACUCCGGAAACAGUGACUGUGAUGCGAUAGACGAAAGGAGCGAGACAAAACGUAGUGGGGACUUCGUUGAAAACCAUAUUUCGUCCGAAAAAGAGCAGCUAUUGACAAUGCAGAAGUAUCAAAGUCCCUCUCAAGGUGAAGCGGAAGCACGUGAAAAGCGAAUACAAAACCUCUUUUUCGAUCACCUGUUUGGAUCCAUAACUGAACUAGGAGAACAUUCCAUUAAGGAAGCCACCAAAGUCACAGACUUUGAAAAGUGUUCGGAUCAUCAAGAAGGUGGAUUCGACUUCGUUCCAGCAUUUAAAGCUCCAGGAUGGCCCAUGGUUGCGCAAGAAUGGAUCACAAGAGAACGCAAGUGGCCUUCACAGGAGGUAAUCGACCAAAUUCUCCAGGAGGGUUUUCAUCUGGUCGUUAAAGCGCCAAAGAAUGAGGGUAAUCUAGAAUGCGAUUUCAGAAUAUCAUUUGCAAAUGCAGAAUACCUCUUAAGCAGAGAGUUAAACGAAGUCCAGCGUGAGUGUUACUGGUGCCUAAAAAAAUUUCAUCGAGCCUAUCUUUCCACAAAACCCAAGAGUUUGGUGUCGUUUCACCUGAAGAACCUCUUUCUGCAAACAGUUGAAGAGACUGGUACUGAAAUUUGGACGCAAAGCAACAGAGUAGAGUGUAUGAUGAAGUUGUUUCGAAACCUUUUGGAAGCUCUGAGAAAGAAAGAUUUGCGACACUUCUUUGUGAGAUCUUAUAACCUGUUCAGUGUAGACUACAUCGCAGACCCCAAUAUUCUGGAGCCCUUGGUUGGAAUAUGUGAGAAGAUCAAUGAAAAUCCGAUGCAGUUUGUAAGAAAAUUGACCCAGAGACAAAAUUCCGAACAGACGAAAAAAGAACAAAACUGCAUGCCAGCUUUCACUACACAAGGUCAAAGUGAUAUCCAUCAAGAAGUUUCCUGCAAAGGCACCAAGAAAGAAUGUAAAGAAGGAAUAAAUCAAGAGAGUAGUGCGAUUACUAGUUUCCGUUAUCACGACCUAAAAGACAUUUUUCUGUCUACUAGCAAGGAGAUGACUGAUUUGGCUUUUAAUAACCCUCAUUGCAGUCUCCAAAGUCUUCAUUCUCUGGAGAAGUCCAUAAUAGAAGAUCUGCGAGAAAUUGAAAAGUACCAUAUCAUUCAAGUUGCCGACUUCCCUAAAAUGUUUGACAUGUGCUGGAACACAGCUUACUUCAAAAUGCUGUUCCGCCCAGAACCGAACAUUAGGAGUUGUAUCCUUGAUGGGAUUAAGAGCGUCCUUGAAUUGUGCAAGUAUGUACUAAAGCAAGAGGACUUUGCAACUGGAAAUGAAGAAGCUAUCAUUCAACGAAUGCUUGAUCCUUCUUCCAAGGAUUCUUUCGACUUGAGCCACAUCUUGCCUGCUGGUUUAGGGUCUCAGUUUAUUCGAAAACUUUUUCACGGUGAGAAGGUCAGGCCGGCUCAGGCUCCAAAGGUUAUUCAGGAUGACAUUAUUCUACUAGACUGACGUCAUCACCUUGUUAUGUAAAUUAAGCAGACGUACUCGACACAUCAAGCCAAAAGAAAGUUAAGACAAAAUAUGAACGUGACUAAAGUGCAUGUCAACGAGUUGUUUAGAUACUAAGAUUUACUAAGAUUCCUCAAACAAACCUGACAGUAGCAGUUAUUUAUUGUGAAUGUUUAAGGAGGCCAUUGUCAUUAUACCUUCUUCAGGUACUAGGUGGGUCAAAGAUCCUUCACUAUUCAGAAGAAAAUAAAUUUAAAAAAUGAACUUUUUCGUAGAAAAUUAACUCAAGAAAAGGUCAUGUACUCUAAUCUCUCAAGUUUUGGGCAGUUCAAGUUGAAAUACAUGACUAGAACGUCGCGUUACUAGUACAAAAAAGGCAUUUUCCAUGCAACUAAUAAACAAAUCGUUUUUAUUGAGACACCAGGGGUCUCCCUUGAUCAGUAUGUAGCUCCUCACUAGAAGCCAGUGUACAGACCAACCUCCCCUCAGGAAAAAUCGGAGAAGGGGCCCGUUCUCCGAUUUUUCCUGACGGGAGUGGGAGGUCUGUAAAAAGGCUACCCGCUGGUCAAACAGCCAGCAGUGUGCAAGUGCGCCAAAUAGAUCUCGAGAGAUUUACUGUUUUGAUCGUCACAGGAGCUAUAAUAAAAAGAUUGAAUAACUUCAUACAGUUAAUCAUUGAAAACAGGAUUGAUGAAUAAGAAGUAAGAUGAAUGUAUUGCUCUUAAGUCCAUUCUAUGCGGCAACUGUGAGGAGAGAGUCCCUUUCAGGUUUUCUACAUUUUUCAUUCGAGUUAGUAUUGCCAUUUAUCUUGUGGAUAAAACCACGUACAGAAAUUUGCAAGUUCCUGGAACAGACAUUAGAAUUAGUCGUGUAACGAGAGAACACUAUUCCUUUUGCCGGCAUUGAAAAAAGCACUUUAUUUGAGUGUCAAUGUAUUUAGCACGAAAGUACAAAUUGGGGACACUAUCUCUUGAGUCUUCUGCUGGAGACAGGACCGCCAUUUUACAUGGUCAUCCGAGCAACGCGAAGGUCUAGCCAUUUGCAGGGCAACGGUAGUACCUACAUUUCUCAGUCAUUUUAAGACCUUGAGUAUUGGUCCGAUCCCAGGAAACGAACCUGCGACCUCCCGCUCUGUAUUUAAGCGCUAUACCGACUGACCUAAUCCUGCCGCGGUGAAACUAAAAACAUAGAACAUUAUAGAACCCUCCAAGAAGAAACUCAAUGGCUUUGCUGAGACAUAUUCCACACAGCGCUUUGAAAGUGUUAAAUUCCUUGACCAUCGUUCCCGGCUUCGAAAACAGGGGGCUAGGCUAAUGGAUAUGUGCAGCUGGAUGGGGUCGCAUUUGCACGACUGGAUUUACUAUUACGGGGUUGCAUUUUUAUAACAGUUAUUUAUUAUACAAGUUUAUUGGUGAGCUUAAAGAUUUACAAGACUAAUUUCAAGAUGUACUAUAAAAAUACUACUAAUUUACCUAGAUAUUUCCAAAUAUGAAUAAUAAUAAUAAUAUUACUUGUAAAAGUUUACUUAAAAGAUCUAAAUGUAAAAAUGAAUCUGCCCACUUGGUCCUACAAGUAAUUGAGGCAUUAAAUAGAAGGAAUUUCUCGGAGAGUUCUUUCUGAGCUUGUAAUUACAAAUACCUGCAACAGGCCCAGGAAACAAUUUAAAUACAGGAUGGUCUCUAGAUUUCAUCUUUUCCACAUAUUUAUAGCAUAAGUCUUUUCUUCUCUCUUGCAGUAUUGGCAAGUGUGCUUGACCCAGGGCCUCUGGAUUCCUCCGCAGGAAAACUAUCUUAAGUGCCCUUUUUUGCACUGACUCUAUUACAUCAGCUAAGUAGUCUAGGAUAGAUUGCCAUACGGGCAUAGCGUAUUCUAAAACUGGUCUUAUCGUAGUAAGAUAUACUUUCAGAAUGCUAGCUUUGCUAACAACCGCUCUACGCAGUACCCUUAGGGAAUAUCAUUUCUUACAGGCUUUCUUAACCCUUUAAACCCUAACAUCAAAAUUCAAAUUCUCGUUUGUUAUCCGUAUACGUUUUCAAUAUAAGUAGUGGGGAGAAUUUGUUGAAGUAUCAAUUAGAUUCAUCUUGUGUGAUGAUCAUGUCCGUAAUUCUCUUGACCACUCUGUUUUACAAAGCAUUGAUGUUGGAAGGGGAAAUUUGACGCUCAUCACUCUUAGGGCUUAAAGGGUUAACAGUGUAGUCCACAUGACUAUUCCAUGUGAGGUCGUUACUAGAAUGGGUUCGCACAUUUUCAGGAGUUUGGGUGUCGGAAAAUUCAGGUAGGGGGUGUAUAAUCUGGCUACAGAAUAGACUCUAAUAAGGUAGGGAUUCUGAGAGGUCAGCGAAACAUACCCAGCAAAAUAUUAACCCAAGCAAGCUCUCCGGGGGGGGGGCGAUCCCUGAUAUGCGUUACAUCCUUAAAACAAGCAUCACGUUUUCUUGUUUCUGUCAACAUCACGCUUGAUUGGCCGUGUGAUUAUUGGCAACCCCGGAAAUAUUCUAAGAAACCGAAAGUUCCAGUUCUUUGAAAUUUCCCUCUUUUAGUGGUUGUAAUUUCUCUAGCGUUUCACUUGCUUAACAUUUGUGCUUUGCAUAAUGGCGGCAAAAAGCACCCAAGAGCAGGAUUCAAAUCCUCAGGAUCUAAACUUGCUUUACAAGUCUCUGGGAGAAUUAUAUAGCGAAGGUUAAAGGUGCAAAGAAUACACUGAAAAUGUCACAAGCAUUAUUCUUGAUAACCUAUCAAAGAUUUUAGGCAAAACAACUCAGAAUCGCGUUAUGUUUCGACCUUAUGGAAGCGCUGCCGAAGAUUUAAAAUGUCAAGACCCUAACGACGUUGGAGACGUGGAUAUUAGGCUAAUUUAG